AGCUGGGCCUUUGGGCUCUUUUCCUCUUUUCUCUCUUUUUUCUUUUCACACCUUCUAAAAACAACACAAAAAAAAAAGUUAAUUUUAUACAGUUUAAAACCCUCGAUCUCUUCUUUUUUAUUUUUCAUCUAAAAAGCUUCCAUGCUCUUGGUUAACAUGGGCGCCGGAAAACAUCAAAGCAAUGCUUUUCUUCGUUCCACGAAAUCCAGUGGUAAAAAGAAGCAGGUCGAUAGCGAAGCGAAAGCCGCUGCGAAACAAAAAAAGACCCAACACGAUGAUAUGGAAGCCCUUCAAAUCACGUUUUACGAGAUCGAAUCAUGGAUUGAGAAAACUACCCCUGUCCUGGCUCGAAUGACCAAAGAACUCGAUAAAGCCUCACAUCAUUUCGAAAAAAGACGAAAAGAAAUGAAAACACAAGACCCGGAAGACUCCCAACAACAUCCACCAUACCAGCAACCGCUGCUACAACAACCAUAUGCAUUUCCAUCUCAACAACAACAACCGCAGUCAUCGCAUUUUCAAUCAUCCUCUAUUCCCGAUUCUCAUUCAUCCCAUCUUCCAGAUACAGCCAUGUUUCAACCUUUACCGACCCCUCGUCAUGAACAGCAGCAGCAGCAGCAGCAGGGCAUGUCCUUGUCGUCUUCGGCCGCUGCUUCCGCAGAAAUGAACGAUUCCAUGCAGUGGAUCUUGUCGUUUCAGCCAGGCAACUCGUUGCGUUUGGAAACCAAUAUUACUUCCAUUGAUCAACUUGUCGAAGCCGUGCACAAGAUUCGUUUGCUUACGGAUCCUGACAAUGCAACGGUGCCUGCGUGGUUGCCCAGUUAUUCGUCCGACGACAUUCUGGGCUCUUCAUCGUCGGCUAUCGAUUUGAGCGAACCGGAUCCCUGCACGGAGUACUGGCACAAUGCCAUCUGUCGACGGCCGCAAUCGUGCCUGGAAAAAUACAAGCACGGCGACAUGAAUUUUAGUCGACUGACGGAGGAUGUGUCACCGAAUGUCCUUCACCAUAUUUGUCAAGUCUAUUGGGAUUGUUUACAUCCCAAAUUCUCGGCUGAUUGGUCCACUUUCUGGGACCGAUCCGGUGAUCCCAAACGCAAUCAGGUCUGCAUUGAUUCCGGCCUCGCCAUCGUCUUCCUUCACAUUGUGCGUCACCGCAAAGACGCCUGCGCCAAUGCCAACGAUAUCUCCUAUUAUUACUACGAUCGCGCGCGGGAUGCCCUGAUGGAUUUUUUUGAUACCCCGGACUGCGCGACCCUGGAAACGUUGCUAAAUCUAUCCAUGUUUUGUAUCCUGCGCAAGCAGCAUUCCCAGUCGAGAAUCUAUAUCAGUCUGGCCUAUCGAAUGAUGUUGGAGAUGGGCAUGCAUCGCCGCGCAAGAUUACCGUCGUCACGGAUACUGCGGAAAAAGUACAUGAAGCUGUUCAUGGUGCUUUUUUACAACGAUAUCAGCAGUUCGGUGUAUUCUGGCGAGCCCAGUCAAAUUGAUGACGAAGCGUGUGAUAUCGAUUUUUACGAAAUUAUCUCGCUCAAUACCGAGUUGAUGGAAUCGGGCGAAAUGAAUUACGAUGACAAGACGAUUGCCAAGGAAACCUUUUUUGCUCACUUGUUGGAAUUGGCGAAAAUAGGUAAACGCACCAUUCGCAUGGUCCGCGAGUACAAGGAACAGCAUCCGAAACACCAUCGCACGGGCGAAUUACCUCCAAGGUGGGCGAAACGCGUCCAGGCAGUGGAAAUUGCCCUCGCCCAGUGGUUCGAACGUUUACCAGAAGAUUACCGGGCCGAUCCUCAACCGCCGCUCACGCCGUAUACCCCCAUUUCAUGGGACAAAAUGGAUGCGCAAGCGCUGAGAGAACAAUCGGCGUUGCUGCUCAUGCUUCAGUAUCAAACGCAAUGGAUCCUUCUCCACAAAUCAUUCUUGUUACCGAGUGGCAGCUCGUCUUCACCUUUCCCCUCACCCAUGGACACCCCGUCGCCCCGUACCCCGCCCACUUCCUCGAGCCCACCUCCCCAGCAAUUUGCUGAUCGAUCGCAUGCUAUGUGUCUUGAUGCAGCGCAUCGUAUCGUGGUCAUGGCGGAAAUUAUCACUGAUCGCUACGGCUGGUGUGUUUGUCAGCAAUUCAUCAGUUGUAUUUACCAAGCGUCCACGAUCUACUGUCGCAAUGCGUUAUCCAAAGACGAUCAGCUUCGCCAAGAUGCCAAGUGCAUGAUUCAACGUAUCAUUCGUGUGCUGGCCAGCAGUCGCGUCAACUACAAUGGGUUGCCGGAUGAUCUCACGGACUGCCUCAACGAAUUCCUGGCCAGUCACGGCAUGCAAGCCAUGAAUGAAGACAAGGAAGGAUUCACGCUGUUCGACGAACUGUUCUCGACGGCGGCCGAAUUGCCGGCGUUCAAGGGAUUCAAUGAUACGUUGUACAACUCACCUCACAAUCACAAACAGUGCUUACUGCAAUCAUCUUAUCGUUCUUCCACCAGUCCCACAGGUCAACCACCGUCCGAUGUCGUUAUGCCAUUCAGUUUUGACCAUGCCAUGCCGACCAAAUUUUCAUCCGCUCAAGCGAAUCGGCGUGUGCUUUAAUAUUCCAUUUUCCCUUUUUCUUUUUUUCUACUUUGCAUAAUCUUGUUUACCGUGUUCUUUUACUACUACCAUUUGUCUAUUUAGUCUUAUUUUUGUAGCAUAUCAUUACUCUCAUCUCUCUUCAGUGUCUUUGUCUUCCUCUCUUUUUUGUUUAUUUAUUUGGUGCAUUUGGUCUACAUUAAAGAACGGCUCUGCCAUCCUACUAAAUU